AUCGGUCCUAAAGCAAUCCACUGAACUUCAUAACCGGAUUUUUAAGUGAGACGCGAAAUAAUGGCCUAUUUUACACAGUUGUCAGAUGUAAUUAUAUACAUAUGACUUUUUACUUAAAAAAAAUUGAUCUGACCUAGGUAUAAUUUUUUAUCAGUGUAAAAGUUAUCUUAUUAUUAUUUGGAAUUAACUAUUUUAUGUUGUUAUAAAGGGUUACCUCCGGGAUACCCCCUUGAUUGGCGUAUUGACAACACUGUUAGUAAGCUAAUGAACUGAACAGGAACUGAAAUAACCAUAGAAAAAUUAAAAUGUCAAAAAUAAUAACAUAACAAUUUUUACAAUAUUAUUAACUAUGACAGAUGGAGAUAAUAAAUUUAUCGAAAAUGAAUUAGGAGAUGCCUGGGACACUUUUCACAACUGGUUAUACUGCAUAUGUGUCGUUACUUUUGAUUUAGAAUUGGGACAAGCUCUUGAGAGUGUUUUUCCUAGGCAUGUCACCCUUACAAAACAAGAAAUAUCAAAUGUAUGUUAUUUGGCUUUUCCUGACUCAAACUCUGGUUGCAUGGGGGACACUAAUUUCAUAAUAAGAUUGCAGAACAACCAGGGUACGAAAAACCUAAAAAAUGAACAUAACUACUACAAUACCAAAUGUCCAACUGCCAUGCAGGUAGAUGGAUCUUUCUACUGGGGCUAUGUUUAUUUUAGACAAGUAAAAGAUAUUUCCUUGCCAAGAGGUUAUUUCCAAAAGAGUGUUGUAAUUCUUUCUUUUCUGCCUUUCAACAAUUUAUUCAGUAAAAUAUGCAGUUAUAUUGCCCCUGAAUACUUUGAUAAUGGUGAGGUUACUUUGGAAGCUGUGUGUUACAACAUUGAAAGAUGGCCUCAACCUAGACCUGGAACCACCCUUAAUUUACCUUUAUUGGGAUCUGUUUUCCAGACCUACAUACCUUUGGCUACAUCAGCAAAUCCAACUUUGGCCUUACUAAGUGAACCUGGAGAUAAUCAAAUUCAAACUCAUGUGGAAGAUCUCAAUUUAUUCGAUAUUCUCCAACCUGUUUUGUCACAUAUUCAUUUGCUAUGGGAAUUGGUGAUUGUCUCUGAACCGAUUGUAGUAUUAGCUUCAUCCCCCACACAUUGCUCAUCUAUGGUCUUAGCUCUAACACGGCUAAUAUGUCCACUACAAUUUUGUGGCGAUUAUCGCCCAUACUUCACUAUACAUGAUAGCGAAUUUAAGCAGUUCACGAGCAAGGCUCAAGGUCCUCCACCUGUGAUACUUGGAGUAACCAAUCCAUUUUUUGGGAAAACGUUGCACCACUGGCCGCAUACGAUACGCUUAAGCGACGAUCUGGGUCAAACUCAAAAAUACAAAUUGAAAAAAACAGCUCCGACGAGGAUGAUCGAUAAUACGCCCGGUGUUUACACUGCUUACAAGCCAUUCUUGCAAAAAGAUAAAAAUAUUAUAAAAAAAUUGUUAAGUGGUGUCAGCUCAAAAAGACCAUACGAGGUACAGACUGCAAUACUUCGAAGACAUUUAUUGGAGCUGACACAAAGUUUUAUGAUUCCUUUGGAGAGGUACAUCGCCAGUUUAAUGCCCCUUCAGAAGAGCAUUUCACCCUUUAAGGCACCACCUUCUCCUUUGCCCUUCAACCCAGAUCAUUUUUUCGCCACUCUAGAAUCAUCUGGACCCCAGUUAACUCUAAACAACACUGGAAUUAGGGGUGAUUGGGUAGGAUUGUAUAGAAAAUUCUUUAGAUCUCCUAAUUUUAAAGCAUGGUUCAAUACUAGAUAUUCCGAUUUGACUCUAAAAUUACAAGCCCUCCAGACAGAAGCCUUAUCGAAUGCUGACUUGAAAGAUUGGGUACAAGGUCGUCCAGAGGUGGAAGUAGUGGAUAUGGUUUUGCGGAUUCGCAACAAGAUCAGAAAGUGUGAACAGCACGAUAUACCCGUUAACGAAUCUAUAAAGGAAAAAUUAAAUAACCGACUGGACGAAAUAGUCACAGCCCUUCCAGACGAUCUGAAAAACAUUCUACAAGUUUCAUGAUACUUGCUGAAUUCUAAGCAGCAAAAUUUUCGUAUUCUGUUGAUCUGACUUGGACUUGUUCUUGCUACAAAAUUGUGGCAUAUCCGUUUCAUAGUUAACAUUAUUGCAAUAAUUUAGUUACCCUAUACUUUUUAUAUUUUAUACCAGUUCUUUUGAAAUAUAUAUUUAUAAAAAAACGAGCUAUGUCACAGAUGUACUGGAUAUUUAUUUCAGACCAACGGAGAAUACUGCAUUUUCCUUGUAGAACUUGUUUGCAUUUGAAAGCAUUAUAGCAAAAUAUUUACACAAAUACACUCAGAAUUUAAUUAUACAAAAGGAAAGUGUGAGAUCCUUCAUAAACAGACAAUAUAAACUUUGUCUGCAUUGAAUCUGUAAUAGUUUAAUAAGUCUGUGGUUUAUUUGGGGAAAUUCUGUAUAAUUAGGAAUAAAAAGAAGAGAUACUUUGUUGUUACUGAAUAUUUCAAAUUUUAAGUGUCAUGUAUCAACAAUAUUUGCUCAUUAGAAGCAUCUUUUUUAAUGUUUUGAUUUGAUAUCUCUACGUUGACUGCUAAUAAACGUGAUUAUUUUUAAUCGAAAAAUUUGAGCCAAACUUGAACUUUUUAUGAACAUUUUUAGUUCAGAUUUUCUUUCUAAAAGAAACAUCGUAUUCUAGGUCCAUUUUAGUCCAUCGAACAAAUUUUUUAUAUAUUUAAACUCAGUCAAAUGUUUAUUCGUGUGUAUAUAAG